AUGGAACUCUAAGGGUUAAUGGGCCAAGCGGGUGAUGGUUCUUAGGCUCCGCGACACUUCCGGUCCCCAACCCAGAGCGGCAAUACGAAAGGGAGCAAAGAAAUAGAGGGUGGAGAGGGGAGGCUCCAAGAGGUCCGGCAGCAACGAAAGAGGCUCCUGCCUUUUGUUUCUUUAGUUUUGCACGAUGCUCCUGCCCGCUCACGGCAACCUUCGAAUGAGGGCCGGAAGUGCGCGAUGCAUUUUAUUUCUCCCUUUUCUGAAUCCGCGCUCAUUGCCCCUCCCUGUUCUGGCCUGGUCAGUUUCCUUCAGAAGGAGAUCAAAGGAGGGAAAAGAAGGGGAGGAAUAAGGGGCGCCCUUUCUGAAGAGCUUCAAGGCUUCUCCUUGCAACCCAACCCAAUCCAGUCUUAGGCAAAGCAGAGCCCGAACUCCACUCUCUCUCUUGCAUGGCUUUCCCGCAACCCCUGAACCUUCCGGCUGUCUCGGUGCAAAAGAAGCAUCCUCGCGGGGCUGGGUGGGCAGAGCGGCGGCACUUUCGGCUCUGAGGGUCGACCCCGCCCCGGGGGGUGCUGAGAGAGACCUCGCUGCCUGAAAUCUUAGAGAGCCGCUGCCAGUCAGGGCAGACAACGCUGACCUAGGUGGGCCAAGGGCCUGACUCGGUAAAAAGCAGGUUCCUACUUUUCAAGGUAGGGCAGAGCUCAGCUGGGCUUGUGGAGAGGAUUCGCUCCUUACCCCCGCCCCCCGCCUGACCAGGAAAUCUCCUUGGUAGCUGCCUGGUUGCCUGCCUCCCUAACUUGCCCAAAACGCAAUGCCCUGACUCGUAUGGAAUCAAUACAGUUUCUCGUUUUAUGUGCCACGGUAACUUCAAAUGGUGGAGGGGGGGGCACUGUUUACUUUUUGGCUGCUCAGGAGACUGAAAAGAGCUGAGGCCCCAUCUGCACUAAACAUUUCAAGCAGUAUCAGGUCCCUUUGAGCAAACAUCGCUCCCCCAAGACUCCAGAGAACUGUAGUUUGUGAAGAGAGUUGCCAGGAUACUCCUUCUCCCCUCCCAGAGCUACAAUUCCCAGAGCGGUUUAACAGCCAAUCCAUCUUCCCAGCACCCUUGACAAACUACAGUUCCCAGGAGUCUUCAGUGGGAAGCCACAACUGUGAAAGUGGGUAUAAUACUGCUUUAAAAGCAGACAUUAAAAACAAGUCUGUCUCUGUGUGUACAUAGUUUUUAAAUUGCUGGUUGCCUAUAAUACCAGCAAUUUUCAAACAAACAAUAUAAUUAUCUCUUAAAAGUUGUAUGUUAAAAAUCAGAUGCCUGGGUAGGCUUGGUGAAAUUAAAAAAAAUGCCAGCAUAAAAAAAAAGCUGGGGAAGGCCUCUAAUAUUAAUGGGUCUACUUGGAGUAAGCCACACUGAGUGAAAUGGUACUUCCUCCCAGGUAAGUGUGUAUAAGGGUUCGGCCCCACUGUGUGUGGGUGUGAAGGAUAAAUGUCUGCCCACCUCCUUUGUCUCCCUCUCAGGCAGUGGGAAGGCAUCACUGGCGCAUUCCUGAUCAUCCCCUCUUUGGGAUGGAGGAGAAAAAGCAGCUAUCAAGCAGCCGCAUGCUGGGUCAACAUCUUCAUCGAGCUAUCCACGACAACCCAAAGGUCUCCUUCCUGAUCAGUCACCGCAAGUUCCCAUGCCUGGGUACUGACAGCUGAGGGUGGACCAUCAGAAGUAUCAUCUGCCAAAGUUGAGGAGCAGGAAAAGAAACAGAAAUUGAGGAGUCAAGAUGGUGGUGAGAGACAAGAGGGAAGAAAACACCAAAGCUGGGAAAUGAAUUCAGAGUUUCUCAGGGGGUGAAUAAAAACUUCACCAGAAAACUUGUCACCUAAAGGAAAUGAGAAUGUCUCCUGAAUGCAGUAAAAUCUUCAGAGUCGGCAACAGGUCAAAUUGUACCGUAUGUAAGAGAGUUCACACAGGAGAGAAAGCAUAUGAAUGCCUGGCGUGUUCAAAGAGUUUCAGUCAUCAUCACCAUCUUACUUUGCAUCAAAGUUGUUUGGAGUGUGGAAAGAGCUUCAGUGAGAAUGGCACUCCUACUAAGCAUCAAAGAACCCAUACGGGGGUUAAACCUUAUAAAUGCUUUGAGUGUGGAAAGAACUUCAGUCACAGUUCCUCUCUUACUAGACAUCAAAAAACUCAUACAGGGCUUAAACCUUAUAAAUGCUUGGACUGUGGAAAGAGCUUCAGUGAGAGUAGCGACCUUAUUAAACAUCAGAGAACUCAUAUAGGGGUCAAACCGUAUAAAUGUUUGGAGUGUGGGAAGAGUUUCAGUGAGAGUAGCGGCCUUACUAAACAUCGAAGAACUCAUACAGGGGUUAAACCUUAUAAAUGCUUGGAGUGUGGAAAGAGCUUCAGCCAGAGUGGUACCCUUAGUAAACAUCAAAGAACUCAUACAGUCGACAAACUUUAUGAAUGCUUGGAGUAUGGAAAGAGCUUCAGUGAGAGUAGCACCCUUACUAGACAUCAAAGAACUCAUAUAGGGAUCAAACCUUAUAAAUGCUGGGAGUGUGGAAAGAGCUUCAGUGAGAGAAGCAACCUUACUAGACAUCAAAGAACUCAUACAGGGGACAAACCUUAUCAAUGCUUGGAGUGUGGAAAGAGCUUCAUUGAGAGCAGCUACCUUACGAAACAUCAAAGAACUCAUACAGGGGACAAACCUUAUCAAUGCUUGGAGUGUGGAAAGAGCUUCAAUGACAGUAGCCCCCUUAUGAGACAUCAAAGGACUCAUACAGGGGAGAAACCUUAUAAAUGCUUGGAGUGUGGAAAGAGCUUCAGACAGCAUUGCCACCUUACUUCACAUCAAAGAACUCAUACGGGGGUCAAACCUUAUCAAUGCUUGGAAUGUGGAAAGAGCUUCAGUGAGAAUGGCACUCUUACUAAGCAUCAAAGAACUCAUACAGGUGACAAACCUUAUCAAUGCUUGGAAUGUGGAAAGAGCUUCAGUGAGAAUGGCACUCUUACUAAGCAUCAAAGAACCCAUACAGGGGUUAAACCUUAUAAAUGCUUUGGGUGUGGAAAGAACUUCAGUCACAGUUCCUCCCUUACUAGACAUCAAAAGACUCAUACAGGGCUUAAACCUUAUGAAUGCUUGGAGUGUGUAAAGAGAUUCAGUCAGAGUAGCGACCUUACUAAACAUCAGAGAACCCAUAUAGGGGUCAAACCGUAUAAAUGCUUCGAGUGUGGAAAGACCUUCAGUGAGAGUAGCAGCCUUACUAAACAUCAAAGAACCCAUACAGGGGUUAAACCUUAUAAAUGCUUGGAGUGUGGAAAGAGCUUCAGCCAAAGUGGCACCCUUAGUAAACAUCAAAGAACUCAUACAGUCGACAAACUUUAUAAAUGCUUGCAAUGUGGGAAGAGCUUCAGUCACAGUAGCUCCCUUAUUUCGCAUCAAAGAAAUACAGGAGACAAACCUUAUCAAUGCUUGGAGUGUGGAAAGACCUUCAGGGAGAGGAGCAACCUUACUAGAUAGCAAAGAACUGAUACAGGGGUUAAUAAAAAUGUAAAUGUACUGUCCAAGUCGAUUCCGACUUAUGGUGACCCUAUGUUUUCAUGAGGCUGAGAGGCAGUGACUGGCCCAAGGUCACCCAGUGAGCUUCAUGGCUAUGUGGGGAUUUGAAUCCUGGUCUCCCAGGUCGUAGUCCAACACCUUAACCACUACACCACACUGGCUUAUACAGGGGUUAAACCUUAUAAAUGCUUGGAAAGAGCUUCAGUGAGAGUUGCACCGUUACUAAACAUCAAGUAACUCAUAUAGGCAGCGGCGUCACUAGCAGGAGUGCGGGGGGGUGUGGACCUCCGGUGUGCGCCCUCCCAGGGGCAUGGACGAGGUGGCUGGGCUUGCGUGCAUGCGCACUCGAGGCCAGCCACCCCGUCCAUGUCCCUGGGAGGGCGCGUGCCGGAGGGGCACCCAGCCAGAGAAGGCCUGGGAACACCGGCGUGCCUCCCUCGCCCCGCCGACGCUGCUCCUGGUCUUGUCUGCCUGCCUGCCCGCCUCCGAGGAGGAGUUGGAGCAGCCUUGCCGGGCAACGGCGCUGGGCGGGGUGGCUCUGGGUGUCACCCCCCUCAUGGUGACACCCGGGUGCGGGCUGCACCCUUUGCACCCUGGUAGUGACGCCCCUGCAUAUAGGGGUCAAACCUUAUCAUUGCUUGGAGUGUGGAAAGAGCUUCAGUCAGAGCUGCAACCUUAUUUCAUAUCAAAUAAUUCAUACAGGUGACAAAAUCUACAAAUCUUUAGAGUGUGGAAAGAAGUUCACUCAGCAUUGCCAUCUUACGUUGUAUCAAAGAACUCAUACAGGGGACUAGUCUUACAAAAACUUGGAAUGUGGAAGGAGCUUUGAGCAUAGUUCUAGGCUAUCUGUACAUGAAGAUGCAUACGGGGAGAGGUCUUAGAAAUGUCUGGAAUGUGGAAAAAGUUUCAUUCAAAGUAGAAUCCUGACUUGGCCUCACAGAACUUAUUCGUGGGAUAAAUCAUUGGAGUGUUUAGCUUUUAUUGGAGUAGUGCCCUUACUUUACAUCAAAGAAUUCACAGGAGGAAACAGCUUUAAUCAGCUUGCCAUUCUUCAUUCACAUAAAAGGAUCCUAAUACGGAGAAAUCUGAAAAAGCUAAGAGAAUGGAAAGAACUUCUGUCAUAGAUGCUAUGUUAGAUACUCAUCAAAAUUCAUUAUGAGAGAGAUAAUAGUUACUCUCAGACUUGUUAGCAACAUUUGCCAUUCAUCAGGGAUUAUGGCAGGGAUAUUCCAGCAACAUCUGGAGGGCUAGAGGGUCCCAAUCCCUGUUAUAAUUGAUGGAUAUGUACAUGCUUAAUUGACGUAAAAACAUUUUUGGUUUCCAAUGUGUAAGAAAAAGUAUUCUGGAUAUUUAAUAGUUCUUUUAAUGUUUUUUGGGGAAAGGAAACAUUUUGGUUCUGUUUGUCAUCCAGUCUGGGCUGAUUAUGUUUUAACUGCUUUCUGCUAUUUUUGCUGUUUAAAAACAUACAUAAUAAACCUCACAACCUACUGACAGUGUAGAAGGUGCAUAAAUUUUCCAGACUGUGUCCUCACUGGGGUGUUAAUGUAUAGGUGGGUCACUGUUUCUG